UCCGAGUGAGCGGUCAGCGAGGCGUGUAGUCUUGGGUAUAUACAUAUGUGUUGUGUAUGACAGGUAGGAGCGGGGUGGCGCUGUACAGAAAAUGUCGAGGAUCGGUACCAUGGAUGACGAGGAUGAAAGGAUAUUGGUCGAGAAAAAUCGUCAAUCGCCGUCCUCGAACACGCCAGACCUGUCGUCAAACUGGCCUCCAAAAGAAGCCGAUGUACCACCAGCACAUCGUCACUCCAUAGAGAUGCAACAGUCUAGUUCGCACCAGAUGGCGUCCUACGACGAAAAUAAAGGACGACCCCAGUAUGGCUACAAUGAUGAGGAGGCAGGUUUGGGAUGCUGCGGUUGUUUACUGAUGGGAUUUUCUUGUUUCUUAAUCUUCAUAUUUUUCCCGUUUUCCAUGUGUGCUUGUAUGAAGAUGGUUCAAGAAUAUGAAAGGGCCGUGAUAUUUAGGUUGGGAAGAAUAAAGGCUGGAGGGGCCCAAGGCCCAGGUAUGUUCUUCAUCGUGCCGUGUUUAGACGAUAUUCAGAAGGUCGAUCUGAGGACGAAGACUUUCAACAUCCCACCACAGGAGAUCCUCUCAAAAGACACAGUAACAGUGACCGUCGACGCUGUGAUAUACGCAUCCGUGUUUGACCCUGUUCUGUCCGUGUGUAACGUCGCUGACUCCAUGCAUGCCACGACUCUCCUGUCGGCCACCACUCUAAGGAAUACGCUGGGCACACGCACGAUGGCCGAGAUGUUACAGGAUCGGGAGACCAUCGCGCAAACCAUGCAGCAUAUGCUGGAUGAGGCUACAAACCAGUGGGGAAUCCGGGUUGAGCGUGUGGAAAUAAAAGACGUUCGCUUGCCCAACAUGUUGCAGCGUGCCAUGGCUGCGGAAGCUGAGGCUUCCAGAGACGCCAAAGCAAAGGUGUUGGCUGCUGAAGGAGAACAAAUGGCGGCUCGUGCCCUAAAAGAGGCUGCUGACAUCAUAUCCUCAUCACCAACUGCCCUCCAGCUCCGCUACCUACAGACUCUCUCAAGUGUCGCGGCUGAAAGAGAGUCGACCAUCUUGUUCCCUAUCCCGAUUGACUUGAUGAAAGGAAUGGGAGGGAAAGGUGGAGCUGUUCGUAUGUGAUUAGACUAACUGUACGGCAGGCGGUCUUCAGAAGCUUCAUCAAUAGUUCAGAUAUAAACUGUUAUUCUAUGUGAUGUCUUAGGUGGAUGUAAAUAUUGUUUACAUUUGAUAUUCUGUAGAUACAGCCUGUAAUUAUGUAUGUGCAGGAUGUAAUUCUGUAAAUAAUACCUGUAAUUUUGUAACUACAGGCUGUAAGUAUGUAACUACAGACUGUACUUCUGUAUUUACAUGCUGUAAUUCAGUAAAUACAAUCUGUAAUUCUGUAACCACAGACUGUAAUUCAGUAAAUACAUGCUGUAAUUUUGUAAAUACAAUCUGUAACCUACUACAGAACUACAGUCUGUAAAUCUGUAAAUUAUCUCUUACAGAUAUACAUUCAUGCAUAAAAUGGUGCACAAAAUGUUACAUAUUGUUGGAAUAAAAUUUCUUGUUGUUAAUUGUCCAGCAGAUAGUUUCUAUCUAGUUCUACUUUGACCAAUCGUAUUAAAAAUUGACUUUUAAUUAUUAAUCCUCUAUGAUCCCCUAUGAGACGCUGCUUAUUUUAAUUAGGUUUUAUUUUGACUACCUUUUACUUACAUAUAAGGUAAUCUAAUUGUAGUGAAUUUAAAUCAAGGGAAACAACUCUUCAUAUCAACAGAAUGUUUAGUUCUGCUAUUUAAAAAUGAAUCUUUUCAUUAAUGUGAAAGCUCUGAAACUGCUUUAAAUGGAAAAGAGAUUGUCAAACAUUUUUAUAUGAUCCUCAGUGCCCCCAGCCAUGUGUUUUGUCAUAAAACGUGACCAUCUGUAUAUUAUUCUCUAAAAAGUGCCUCUUGUGCAUGUGAAUUGAAGAAAUCAAUAUUGAUAUUACAUAUUUGUAUAAUAUUUUUUAGAUCAAGAAGAAUACAUUUCCUGUAGAGUUCAGAUAUUUAUAACAUAAUUUAUCUUAUACCAAUACAGUGUGUAUAUCUAUUUCUAUGAAAUAGACAUACAUGAAGAUAAGGUGUAAACAGAAUACCUACAAUUAAGGUAUACAUAUGUUAUAUAGAUAUAAUAUUGUCUACAUUAUCAUUCCACAAUGUUUACUGUUUGCUGUGUAAUUCCCACUAGAAUACAUGUUAUUGUAAAUAUUUUGAUCACAAUAUUUAAUAAAGUUCUUACUUUAAAUAUUGUUUUACUUCUGUUAAUGUGUAACUAUCUAGAACAUCUGUAGUUGGAAUUCAGACAUUCAAGUAAAGAUUUCUUUGAUAUUUUUUUUUCUUGAUUCUUUGUGUUAUUUCAUACUUCAUUGUUCAUAUAGAAGAUCAAAAAGAAAUCCAUGGAAUUAUGAUAAUUUGAUUCCAAACAUUGUUUGAUAUUAUCAGCCUGUAAAAGCAUGGAAUUCAUACCCGGGUAAACAAAUUCUGUGAUAACUUUUUUUAAUCUAUACUGCGUUGUAAUAUUCUUUCAGAAAUAAAAGAAAUCAAAAUAUU